AUGUUGAACUUUCCUCUCGCUUUAGCCGCUCUCGCUGCCCUUGGUACCGCACUUCCAGUCGAAAAAAAAGAAGUCUCCAUCCCAGAUUACAUAAAAGAAUUUAAAGGUUUCUCUUAUACUCCUUUUGAUCAAAACAAGGAUUGUCGUACCGAAGAUGAAAUCAAGACUGAUCUCGAUGUCAUCAAGGACUUUGACCUCCUUCAUCUUUAUUCUUCUGACUGUAACGUCGUCCAAUACGCUGCCGAAACCAUUUCUGGAAAAUUGAUUGUUACCGUUAACGACGUUUCCUCCUCUGAUGAAAUUGCCAGUGACAUUACCACCAUCCAAGACCAAGUAAUUGCCGGCGGCUCCACUCUCAAUGAUAAGGUUGACACCAUCAUCAUUGGUAACGAAUUGAUCUACAAUGGUUGGUACACCGCUGAUGAAGUCACCAAUUUCAUCACCGAAGCUAAGGCUGCUUUCCCAAACUUUAACGGCUCUUGGAUCACCUCCGAAACUGUUUCUUCCUUCUACGGUAACCCAGACCUUUGUGGUGCUGUUGAUUACGUUGGUAUCAACAACCAUCCAUACUUCGAUGGUCAAACCCCAGAAACCGCCGGUUCCUACGUCUUGGGCCACAUUCAAGCUCUUGCCGAAUUCUGUGAAGAAAACGGCCACAGCAAAGAGGUUAAAGUUCUUGAAACCGGUUGGCCUUGGGCUGGUAACGCCGAUGGUGUUGCCGUUCCAUCUAGUGAAAACCAAGUCACUGCUUUGAAGAACAUUGCCUCUGCAGCUGGUAGUGACUGUAUCGUUUUUAGUGCCUACAACGAAUUGUGGAAAACUACUUCUGACUGGGAUGUCGAAAGAAGCUGGGGUGUUUUAGGUAAUGCUCCUUCUGUCUGGUGA